AUCUACCGCAACGAAAAUUAUUACGUGAAGCUAAUAACCGCCAGAAAUCAAUUGCUGAGUACAUCGUCUAUAAGACAUAUCGACAAUUCUAACCUUCAUAAACGAAAGAAUAUAUCAAGAAAAUGGUUGCCGUAUCAGUAUAUCUCGUGGCUGUGGCAGUCUUGUUGACUGUCGCCUACUUGAAGACAUUAUACAGAAGAAGAAAAAGUACAGAACCGCCAAUCCCAAAGGGACAUUUAAUAUGGGGAAAUGGUGCCGACUUUGCCAAGCACGCAGUGAAAUACCUACACGAGACACAGAAGAAGCUUGGAGACAUCUUCACGAUCAGACUUCUUCACCAACAUUUAACAGUCAUAAUGGACCCUCACUCAUAUGAAGCAUUUGUGAAAGAGCCAAACUUUGACUUCGAUCCUAUCCAGAAACAGGUGAACCACAAUGUGUUCAGUUUUGCUCUCAUGGAUUCAAAGAAAAUGUUGAAAGAAGCCGCCAAAAAAGUGCGAGGAACGCAUUUACACAAAGGAAUGGAACAAUAUUCCAAAUAUUUGAAUGCUACGCAUAUUGGGGUUACGAGCACGGUUGGAUGUGGUCCUGCAACGGAAUGGAGAACGGAUGGACUUCGACAGUUCAACUCCAAAACCUUAUUUGUCAGUAUGUUCUACACAAUCUUCGGCAGAGGAAAAUCAACUGACGUGUUCGAGCCCUUAACAGUUUAUAAAAACUUUGAUCUUUUCCACAAGUAUUUCAAUUACCUUUGGCUUGGAUUGCCGGUGAACAUGUUCCCAAAGGCGUUAAAGGCCCUCAGUGUAUUGUGCCAGCAACCGGGAUCAGCUGAACUUUUAAGCCGAGAUGAUGUUUCCGAGUAUAUCAAAUUCUCAACACAAUUUAUGUUAGAACACGGACAAACGGAACAGGACAUUAUCGGACAUAAUUUGGUUUAUCUUCAUGUUAACUACAAUACAUUUAGGAUGGCAUUUUGGUCGGUGUUCUACCUCAUGCAGCACAAAGAAGCUCUCGAUGCGCUGAGGGCUGAGAUUCAGGAUGUCGUCGACACAAAACUUUCAAAUGGUGAAGUGAACGAAGAUGGAGAAGUCGUUUUGACCUUAGAGGAUAUUGACGCAAUGUCCUUAUUAGAAAGCAACACAAAGGAAACCUUACGCAUGUGCAGUGGUGUUUUCAUGGUUCGUGCUAUCACCGCCGACACGACAUUUGAGAUGAACAACGGUCAGAAAUACGAUUUGCGACAGGGAGACAAGGUUGCUAUGUACCCACCUACGAUUCACCAGGACCCAGAGAUCUUCGAAAACCCAGAGUCAUACAAACAUGACAGAUUUGUCGGAGCCAAGUUCUAUAAAUACGGCAAAGAGAUCAGGAACCCCAUUCUCUCCUUCGGAUCGCUAUGUCCCGGUAAAAAAUACGCCAUAACACAAGGGAAAUGGUUCCUGUUGUCGCUAGUGUACAAAUUUGACUUUGAACUCUGUGAUGGUGAAUCCACAGCUCUAGAUGUGAAGUAUUAUGGACAUGAAAUUCUGCCGCCAACCAAUGAUGUACAGAUCCGAUACAGAAUGAGGGAGAAUACACACACUCUAGCCUUCAGUUCGUGAUGAUAUAAACAUCAUUACGAUGAACACGGAAAAACGAUGUGAAAAAAACUUUUCCUUGCGAAGGACGAAAGAGACUUGUGAACUGUGAAAAAUGUUUUAAAUCUAAUUUAUUUUUAUUUAUUGAUGUUUGAAAGGUUGUUUUUGCUAUUCAGAGAGUGCUAAUAUUAUUAUAACUAUUAUUAUUGAUUAAUAUUAUUAUGUGACAAUUGUUCGCCGUGGUUGUGUGUCCGCGCAAAUCAUUAUCAAAUGCCAAAGUUAAAUGUAGAUGUUUAAUUGCAACAGGUCCCAUGUGUUUAUCAUAACUUUUACAUGUUUUGUUUUCCUCAUCUUUAUUCAUUCCUCAUCGCCACUUAUUGUUUAUUUGGGCACAAGUUGUGAUAAUCAUUACUCAUUUGCAUGUUUCACCAUUGUUCAUCCAUCUAUACGGGUAAAAGUGCAAACAAGCUAUCUCAUCAUUUGAAUGAGUUGUACGAAAAGUGUGCAAAUAAUGAACAUAUUUUUUAUGAUAUCUAGCAUUCGUCGGAGGAGAUUUUGUAUCAUUUUUGACGCGUCAUGAUAAAAAUUUCGUAAAAAUGAUCUAAAUAUUACACAUUCAGAAAUAUGAAUAUAUAUGUAUUUAUAGAUUAUAAAUAUAUAUGUAUCUAUAUCUCUAUAGAUAUUUCAGAAAUGUCCUCCGGUUUUACAAUAGCACGCAUUUCAAGUAUUGAAUUUAUUUUUGUAAUCCGAUGUUUUCAGUAUUUGCCAUACGCAUACCAAACAAACUGUAUAUCAUUUUUGCCAACCCAGGUAUUCACUUUAUGUGAAUGUUCUGUCUCCAAGUAAAAUUACUUGAGUUUAUCGGUAAUUACGUUUCAAAUUGUUAUUUAUUUAUUUAAAUCAAUUCAUGUCUUACUGUUAUAACGGUUACAUCGAUAUCAAAUCAUGUUUUUUCGCCGCAAAACAUCUGUUUUCGUGAAUAUUUAUUUAAAUCUGAGAAUAGCGGACCAAACUGUCCUUUCAAAUUGUGUCUACAUGAUGGUAAACAUAUUGUACAUACUUAUACUUAUCUGAAUAAUGUGUUUCAACUUAGUUGUUUAUGUAUUUCAUUUCGUCACAAUUCCAGUAUCGUUGUAUUAUCUUUCAUCAUAAAAUGUCAUUUGUACAAACAUUCAUUUAUUUAUUUAAGUUACUUGUAUAAUUUAUUGCGUCCAAUACACGAACUUCUGACUAUCUGGUGCUUCAACAUUGGUCAACAAAAAUGUUGAAUUGUUGAAAAAUAAAUUUCAUAUAAAAGUUAAAA